AUAAUUCUUAGCCAUGACCUGGAUUUUCAUAAAGAUAUUGCGCCACUCCCCUGAAGCCAGAUUCUUGCAAUUAUUGUGAUCCUCAAGUGCAAUAAAGUGUGAGGGUGUAAAAUUCAAAGUCCUCCCAAAGCAAAGGGGGAUCUUAUUAUUUAAGGAGGGCUCUGAUACAAGCUUUGGAUCACCAGAGAAACCUCAAAACAACAAACCUAGCUAGCCGCUGGACACAUCUUGCCAUGAUGUUUCAAAGGCAAUUUCUUCUCCAGUCUUUCUUACUGCUUUCCUUAACCACUGCAACAGCAAAACGUCUUAAUACUAUUCCAAGGCUUAGUCCAAUAGGGCCAAGAGUUUGGCGAGACCAGCCUGAUAAAACUACUUUGGGUGAAUUUGAUGGAGAAGAUUUUGAAACCUUUUUUCACAACCAAACACUUGAUCACUUCAACUAUAGGCCUGAAAGCUAUGACAAAUUUCCGCAACGAUAUUUGAUCAAUUCUAAGUAUUGGGGUGGUGCGAAUGUUAGUGCACCAAUCUUAGUUUAUCUUGGUGCAGAAGAACCGAUUGAUGAAGAUCUUGCCGCUGUUGGAUUUCUAGUUGAUAACGCUGUUCAGUUUAAUUCUCUCUUGGUGUUUAUUGAGCACAGAUAUUAUGGAAAAUCAAUCCCAUUUGGAUCAAGGGAGGAAGCCUUGAAGGAUGCAAGCAAACUAGGGUAUUUCAACUCAGCCCAGGCUAUAGCAGACUAUGCAGCCAUUAUCAUUCACAUAAAGGAGACACUAAGGGCUCAAUAUUCUCCAGUUAUCGUCAUUGGAGGAUCAUAUGGUGGAAUGCUGGCUUCGUGGUUUCGGCUCAAGUACCCUCACAUUGCCCUCGGAGCCUUGGCCUCAUCAGCACCAAUUCUUUAUUUUGAUGAUAUCACACCACAGGAUGGAUACUAUUCUAUAGUCACCAAGGACUUUAGAGAAGCUAGUGAGACUUGCUACCAGACUAUAAAAACGUCAUGGUCAGAAAUUGAUGAACUUGCUUCCAAACCCGAUGGUCUCUCAAUGCUUAGCAAGAAAUUCAAGACUUGCACUCCCUUGGCUGAUGCCAGUGAGCUCAAGGAUCACUUAGACACAAUGUAUGCUAGUGCUGCUCAGUACAACAGGCCACCAACAUAUCCGGUUAACGAGGUCUGUAAGGGCAUAGAUGGCGGUGGUUUUGGGGAUGAUAUUCUAAGCAGAAUAUUUGGUGGUCUUGUCGCUUAUAAAGGAAACCUCUCGUGCUAUGUCAAUGCACACACCGACCCAUCUGAAACAACUGUGGGGUGGCGAUGGCAGACAUGCAGUGAGAUGGCGAUACCUAUUGGUGUUGGGAAUAAUUCCAUGUUCCCACCAGAUCCUUUUGAUUUGGAAGACUAUAUAGAGAAUUGCAAGAGUUUGUAUGGUGUCCCAACUCGUCCUCAUUGGAUCACGACCUAUUACGGAGGUCAUAGUAUAAAACUGAUUCUUCAAAGGUUUGCUAGCAAUAUCAUCUUCUCCAACGGGCUAAGAGAUCCUUAUAGUAGUGGAGGGGUUUUGGAGAACAUUUCAGACACUGUUGUAGCUGUCAAAACCGUCAAUGGAAAUUUUUUAACCAAACAGCAUCUUGUGUUGCUGCAAAACAAGCUACAUACUCAGCCUCCAUGGUAGAUAAGGCUAUGCAGGAUUGUUUCUUGCUCCUCCAUAGUAUUGCACUAUCAUUAAGCAAGAAAGCACAUCCUGAAGUUGAUUUGGAUUGGUCGACAUCUCCUCCCCAAUCAGCAUCAGAGAAACCAAUCAAUCGUAAAUCUUUCUUUCCUUAGUAACAUAACAUGUAAUUUGAAGUUCCUUUCAGAUAUCGUAGAAUCCUUUUGACUGCCAUCCAGUGUUUCUGACCAGGGUUUGAUUGAUAUCGGCUAACCAAUCCAACGGCAUAAAAUAUAUUGGGACGUGUGCACAUCAUUGCAUACAUCAAACUACCGACAGCACUGGCAUAAGGUACUCUGGACAUUUUCUCCUUUUCUUCUAGAGUCUUGGGACACAUAUCACAGCUUAGGCUCAAACUUUUAUCAACAGGGGUGUCCAUUGAUUUGCUAUCUUGUAUGUGAUAGCGCUCUAACAUCUUUUUGAUGUAAGUCUCUUGAGUUAAACCCAAAAGCCUUUUAACGUGAUCUCUUAUGAUUUUCACACCAAGUA